AUGAAAGUCGCCACCGCGAAGAAGCCAGCUACGGGUAAAAAGAGCCGUGCCGUCGCUGCACCAUCUCCAUCAUCGAGCGAUGUCGAAAAUGCCACCCACAAUACUCCACCACCGAAAAAGAGCUCAAGAGCCAAGAAACCAGUCGUUGCAAGCCACAAAAUCACUGAAUUCUUCCACGUACGACGAAGCACACGGAAGACUGGGAAACAGAUCAAAAUGGAGGCGCAUGAGAAUCUCCGAGACUUGGUUCUUAACAAAUCCAACGAGGCGAUUCUCGAAAUCUAUCUGGAUGCUGUCAAGGGGAGAGGCAUCAAAACGACAGUGAAUUUCAGCAAAGGGGAUUUCGUUUUGGAGUAUAUAGGUAACAUGAUGGAAUAUUCCGAAGCGAAAACUGUCGAAGAAGCCUAUUCCCAUGAAGAAGUCGGAUCUUAUAUGUACUUCUUCGAGCAUAAAAACAAGAAGUGGUGCAUCGACGCAACGGCCGAGUCUCCAUUCAAAGGAAGAUUGAUCAAUCACUCGGUCCUCCGACCCAAUCUCAAGACCAAAGUGGUUGAGAUUGAUGGACGUCAUCAUCUUAUCUUCGUCGCUCUCCGAGAAAUCGAAGUAGGAGAAGAACUUCUGUACGACUACGGAGAUCGAUCGGCAGAGACUCUUGCCAACAACCCAUGGCUUUUGAAUACAUAA